AUGGACUGUAAGAAGAUUGAGAAUGACGUGAGCGAAGUUCUUACCAGCAAUGCUGAACAACGACAUUCCUCUGUGACUAUCACAAAGCUACCGGUCCCCUUUCCGAUCGUGAAGAUGGACGAUAGUUGCGCCCCUGGAAAUCUGGGAAGCUUCACACUGGUGUCAGAUACCCUACAAAACUGUCGGAAGCUUGUCCAGCAGUUGGCGCCCGCCAUGUUUGUAGACUUUAGCUGAGCUCGCGUCAGAUCCGGAUGGAUAUUUGGUGUACGGCUCUGAUUGAUUCUAUGAGGGAAGGUCCAGAACACUAUUCGCUAAACAUGGAGAAUCUGUGGAUGACAGCGCCAGAGAUCAUGGAUGGACGGUUGAGGAUGGUUCCUGAGAACUCAGUCGUGAGGGAUUUUGUCCAGUCGGAGUUCGACAGCAGAGCGGCCCCUUUGGUGUGGGGGCCGUAGACUUCCUCAAUCGAAGAACUCCCUCGUUUAAUUACGGUCGGCAUACCCUGGAACAAAUAAUCGCAUUUUCGUCUUCUGGACACAAUAUUGUUGAGUUUAGGGUUAGGAGUUGCGGUUAGGGGUUAGGGGUUAGGGCCACUAUUUCCCAACCACUCAAAGUACAACCGGGCAUUCCCAACAGCUUUUCUUUUGCAUACAGCUAUGUGACCUCGUCGCCUGUGAGUUCCCGGCUCCACCUCUAAAAAGCCCCUAUUACCACCGGUUUAGUAUUACAGGUGGCUGGGUUUUGUUUACACGCCUGACCGGUUGUUUUCUCUUCCUCAUCCUAUCUCAGCAGAAAGGCGAAUAAAACUGGCACCGGGUGCAGCGACUAGCUGGUAAUAUUAUUCGGCCUGCACGUAUGACAAUACUUUUUGGAUUCAUUUCCUGAAGGUAUGGGCAAUUGUUUUCCCUCACUGCAGUGCAUCUCGGGUGAUCAACUGGCCAGAUAUGCCAAAAACCCUUCAACAUGCGCGACAUAUUUUGUUUCUAGUCAUACACCUGUGCUGUUUUAAUAUCAUCAAAUUCACUCUAUGAAAGCUUCACAUGUUGUAAAUUUCUUAAAACGGUUAAGUGACAACAUGUGUCUUUGCACCUUGGGGCAGGGUGUAGACAUUGAUUGUCAACUAUUCACAUGAGCAGGGUAUGCAUGAUGUCGACUUUGAUAUUAGCCGUUGAGAAUUCCCACUUUCGUUUGAUUAUUUUCGGUUGUGCAUCAAAAGCAUGUCUCGUAACGCCCCUUUUGCUGUUGUUUUAUAGUUGCAAUUUUACUACAAAACUACUCGGUUUGUUCAUGGGUAGUUUGUACAGGAGGGGGGGGGGGGGUCGAGCUGAAUAAGCGCAGGCUCGUGGCUUACGUAAACCGUUUAGGACCCCACAGGGGGGACACAGGUUUGCCCUGGGUGAGCGCACUCCAGAAAGCCCGCAUGUCCUGGUGGUUUCGCGGUCGCCGCCGCCGCCGCCGCCGCCGCCGCCGCCGCCGCCGCCGCCGCCGCCGCCGCCGCCGCCGCCGCCGCCGCCGCCGAGAGUUCAGGACUGGCCUAA